CAUUAAAAGCAGUCUUAGCACAAGCUUUAUAAUAAUGACAAUUAAACAACGGCGAUAAAAAAAAAAAUGAAUUGUAUGGUUAAUUGAAAAUAUCUUUUUGCUUUAAUGUCCGUGUGGGAGCGUUCACAUGCCGUGGGGAUUUUCGCUGACAUCUUUGCUCGGUAGCACAGUUGAAUAACAUAGCAAGCUAAGCUAAAGGUAGAGGUAAACAAAUGUGCUAAUCGUGCACAUACCUCACCUUUUUAGUUACACAGAAAUCUUUAGCUAUGGCAUUGCACUUGUCUUUUAUUCAGUAAACACCGACGGUAUGGCAGCGUUGUUGUUGUUGCAGCGCCGUAUUAACCUCUGUAGGAAAUACAGCAGAGGUUUAACAUGGACGCUGUCGAGGCAAAACUCUCACAUAUUGGCAAAAAAGCCGAUAUAUGGCAGCGAUAGUGUUAAAAAUGUGCUAUUCAGGUGUAGUAAUGUCAGAAAGAUGCUCAUUUCAAAAUCAGAGCGAACACUUACAGGCCAGCCAGAGAAACUUAUUCAGAACCUGCUCUACCAACCAUUGAGUCCUGGCAUGGUGGGAAUCAGCAGAGAAUUAAUCAAGAACAACCUGCUGAGAAAUCCUGUUGGUUUGGUGAAUUUAUUAGGGUCAACAAACUUCUUCAGUACAUCUCAGUCAAAACAAGAGAAAAAUAAAAGUAACGGACCAAAGGGAAAAACUCCAGAAGAAGAUGAAGAGGAAAAGAAACGUCGUGAACAGGAGGACCAGAUGUACCGUGAGCGCCUGCGGACCCUGUUCAUUAUAGCGCUCAUAAUGAGCCUGCUAAACUCCAUCAAUACGAGUGGUGGUAACAUCUCAUGGAAUGACUUUGUCAAUGAGAUGUUGGCUAAGGGAGAGGUGUCACGUGUACAAGUCGUUCCCGAGAGUGACAUUGUAGAAAUCUACCUUCACCCUGGAGCAGUUAUCUUUGGAAGGCCUAGGCUGGCACUCAUGUACAGAAUGCAAGUUGCCAACAUUGACAAAUUUGAGGAGAAGCUGAGAGCUGCUGAAGAAGAGCUGAAUAUUGAUGCAAAGGACAGGAUACCAGUCUCCUACAAACGCACAGGAUUCUUUGGAAAUGCGGUCUAUGCUCUGGGAAUGGCAGCCAUUGGCGUGGCUAUUCUCUGGUACAUCUUUCGUCUGGCAGGGAUGGGUGGCAGAGAGGGUGGCUUCAGUGCUUUUAAUCAGCUAAAGAUGGCCAAGUUCACCAUUGUAGAUGGCAAGUCGGGGAAAGGUGUGAGUUUCAAAGAUGUAGCGGGCAUGCAUGAGGCAAAAAUGGAAGUGAAAGAAUUUGUUGACUACCUCAAGAGUCCUGAACGAUACCUCCAGCUAGGAGCCAAAGUUCCCAAGGGUGCAUUACUACUCGGGCCUCCAGGCUGUGGGAAGACUCUGCUGGCCAAAGCUGUAGCCACUGAGGCUCAGGUGCCAUUCCUGGCAAUGGCUGGCUCUGAGUUUGUGGAGGUCAUUGGAGGCCUGGGUGCUGCUAGGGUGAGAAGUCUGUUCAAAGAGGCUCGUACCCGGGCGCCCUGCAUCGUCUACAUCGAUGAGAUUGACGCUGUGGGGAAGAAGCGCUCCACCAAUAUGUCAGGUUUCUCCAACACUGAGGAGGAGCAGACCCUGAACCAGCUGCUGGUAGAGAUGGAUGGAAUGGGAACCACAGACCAUGUGAUUGUCCUUGCCUCCACUAACAGAGCAGAUAUUUUGGACAAUGCUCUUAUGAGACCAGGCCGAUUGGACAGACACAUAUUCAUAGAUCUGCCCACCCUGCAGGAGCGGAAGGAGAUCUUUGAGCAGCAUCUGAAGCUCUUAAAGCUGACCCAGCCAGCUAAUUUCUACUCAUUGCGUCUGGCUGAGCUCAGCCCAGGCUUCAGUGGUGCAGACAUUGCUAACAUUUGUAACGAGGCUGCUCUGCAUGCUGCCAGAGAGGGAUACAAGUCCAUUGAUACUUUCAAUUUUGAGUAUGCUGUGGAGAGAGUAAUAGCAGGAAGUGCAAAGAAGAAUAAGAUCCUAAAUAAAGAGGAGCAGAGAGUUGUUGCCUUCCAUGAGUCUGGACAUGCUUUAGUGGGAUGGCUACUUGAGCAUACAGAGGCAGUCAUGAAGGUGUCCAUCGCACCGCGGACUAAUGCAGCUCUGGGAUUUGCCCAGAUCUUACCUCGUGACCAGUACCUUUUCACCAAGGAGCAACUGUUUGAGCGAAUGUGCAUGGCUCUGGGAGGAAGAGCUUCUGAGGCCAUCACUUUUAACAAGGUUACAACAGGAGCUCAGGAUGACUUGCGUAAGGUGACACGUGUGGCCUACUCGAUGGUUAAGCAGUAUGGCAUGUGUAACAGUGUUGGCCAGGUCUCAUUCCCAGAAACAGAGGAGCAAGGUGCCGUUGGACGUCGGCCUUUCAGCCAGGGUCUGCAGCAACAGAUGGACCACGAGGCUAAGAUGCUGAUAGCCCGUGCCUACAGGCACACAGAGAAGCUGCUAAUGGACAACAGAGACAAACUGACAAUAUUGGCCAAUGCGCUAUUAGAGCGAGAGGUUGUGAACUACGAUGACAUUGAAGCUUUGCUGGGGCCUCCACCUCAUGGGCCCAAGAAGAUGAUCCUCCCUCAGAGCUGGGUGGAGGCUGAGAGGGACAAACAGGACACAGGAGAUGAUGAACCUCCGCCACCUCCCCGCAAGCACAGUGAAGAGGACAGUAAUCCACAGCUGGUCUGAUUUUAAAAUGUAUUGUCUCACAAUUAUUUCCCAUCUGCUGCAUUUCUUGGGGUGAGUGUCUUUUAUGAAACCUGGCAUUGAUACCUCACUUUAAAAGUAUAUUAGUCUCAAACUUAAACUAUGUUUUAAAAAAGGUUCAUAAAGCACUGCAGUCCUUGUAGCCUCUCUGCAAAGAGUCAUUUGCCAUGGAAGCAGCAAUUAGAAGUCUAUUUAAACAGUAUAUAUCUAACUAGCCUAAAGUGAAAAUAGUGUAGAAAAGCCCUUUAAUCAAAAUUUUC